UUAAAAGAGUGCUCUGGGGCCUCCUUGCUUUUGAACAGAUUAAGACCCAGAGGCCGAGGAAGAAUCAACACAAUGGACGACCCUUUAUAUGAUGAGUCAUGGCCGGAGGUCGAGACCAUCAACCAAUACGCCGUGUUCAUGGGCUACCUGUCGAUGGGCGUCAGGGGGCUCGCGCUGCUGGUGCUGACGUGGACCACCGUCGUCCUCCUCGGCGGCUUCGUGUCGGACCUGGAGACGAAAGACUUUUGGGCUCUCACGGUCAUCACGCUCGUCCAAACAGCCGGGGUGUUCGACGUCCUUUUAAAGGAGAAGGCAACCGACAUUUUUAGUUUGUGGUUGGGUUUGCUGGUUGCUGUGGAAGGAGAUCGACUUGAUGACUAUAGACCGGUCUAUAAACCCCUCGGUGUAGGAAAAUAUGCUUUAUUUUUUGGUCAGAUGCUGGUGCUUGCUAUUGUGUUGUUACCUAUAGUGGUCCUCUAUCUGCUUGGGCUCUAUGCCUCCACAGCAAUAUCCUUGUGGCGGCUGAUACAACAUGACUUUGGUGGCGACGAUGGCACAAACAAGAAGCCGGCCCUCGUCAUUCUCUACUCCUUAGCCAUGGCACAAGGUGUGGUCUUCCUCUACAUGACCAAGUCGGUGGCCCACUCAUACGAACUGCAAGAAGAUUCAGAACUUGUGUCGGGCUACCUGGAUGAAAGCAUUAAGGGGUGCAUGAAGGAGCCAUCUUUCGCCAGAGGAAGGAACCUCAUCACCUAUGCUGUGGACAAGCUGAUGGAAUUCGACAAGUCGCGAGACAGCUAUAUUUGUGGGGUUAAGAUUCUUAGCAGAGUGGUCAGGUUGGAUCGUAAGGGAUUCUAUGGGCAGCAGGUCCUGGCAAAGGAGCUGCUGACCGGAUCGCCGUCCCUGAUCCCGCACCUGCUGGAAACGAUGGGUCCCAGGAGCCCGUACGACAGGGACAUCAGGGAGCACGCCGCGAGGGUAGUGGCGCACGUCGCCGGCAGCAUCCACCUGGACAGCUUCCCGGGAGGGGUCAUCGGAUGCGUCUCCGCCCUGCUGCCGGAGGAAUACGAAGAAGGCGGAGACCACUGGCUGUGGGAGGACCUGGAGCGGCAGUGGCUGCUGGAGGAAUGCGAGCGGCAGCGCUGGUUCUUGCGGCUACCGGAACCACCCGUCACCAUCGACGGCAUGGUUGAGGCUUCCAAGGUGCUGGUGGAGCAAGGCCUGCUCAUCCUCCGGAAGCUCGCCGCCGACGAGGACAACUGCCGAGUCAUAAGCAACGCACCAGGCCUGGUGUGCAAGAUCAUGGCGCCUCUCACCUCUGCCAAGCUCCACGGGGACUACCACGAUCAAUGGUACGACAUAGCAAACGAGUCGAUGAAGCUCGUUCUCAGCCUCAUGGCUGCUCCUGGGACUGGCGAGGUGCAGUCCCAAAUCUCAAGCAACAUGAAAGCCAUCACCGGCAUUCUCGAUUGCCGUGAAUGCGCAGUUCUGCUGAAGAGACGAGCCACCCAGAUCCUCUUGGACCUGUCCGUGGAGCCACAGCCACCCGGCUGCAGGGUGUUCAUCUGGAUGCUGCUGCACAUUUUUGUCUUGCCAGAUGAUUGCUUUGACAGGACGAUCUCUUCCGUUGGGCGGGUGAAGAAGAGGAGAUACAUCCGGAGAUUGGCCGGAGAGAAGCUGCAAGCCGCCGAGCAAUCGGUUGGUGGCGUCAUCAGCGACCUCGGUACAGCAAUUUGCGAAAAUGACCCAUACAUGGCACAUGCAGCAAUGGUCCUUGGGCACCUCUGGGCACAUUGCAGUGACGAGUAUCGGGAACAAGUGAAGCAAGGCGUGUUCGAUGUGAUGCCAAAGGUGCUCAGAGAAAUACUGAGGAAGCCUCCUGCGCGACCAGCAGCCGAUGACCUGGAGAAUGGGAGUGAUUCUUCUCGUGAUCAGCAAGACUUGGACCGGCGUGAGGACAUCAAGCUGAAGAAAUCCUUGAUAUCCUUUUGCUGGACGAUAUAUAAGAAAAGCGGGUGGGAACUAACAGCUCGGAUGGAUGAGAUUGCCGCUGAGGUCCUAUCUGGACUAGGGGAGAGUCCCCGUGGGAUCACGGGUCUGCUUUACGCCGCAGAACGCCAGGAUUAA